AUGACCAGCUCAAUCAAUACCGAAUAUGCCCACCUCUAUCAGCCAGAUAUCCAGAUAUCAGCUAUAACAAAUCGGUCCAUAACAAAAAACAAUACCGAAAAUCUCUCUAGAGAAGAACCCGAAAAGGACUGUAUAAUAACUACCAAAUACAAUUGGCAAGUACUUAAAAAGAAGAAAAAAAGCACAUUUGUCUCCAGAGACAUAUCAAAAGAUGAUGAUGACAUACAAAGCACCAAAACUGAUGAUGUCUCUACAAAUAAAACAAAGAAACAACCAAAAGAACCAAAAGAGCCCCAUUCUCCACCAAUAUAUAUCAAUGGAGUAACAAAUUACAAAGAAAUGAUGUCAGUCCUAUGGACAUACGAAAACCCAUAUGCAUGCGUUAAAUGCGGAGGAGAUCAUAAUACAAUCAUUUGUAUGAAAACUGCUAAUACACCAGCCAAAUGCGUACUUUGCGAAGAAAGUCACCCGGCAAAAUACAAAGGAUGCGAAGUAUACAAAAACCUUCAACAAGCUAGAGGAAAGCCAACAAAUACGCCACGUUAUAACACUAGACAAUCAAAAAUCAAUAUAAAUGACACCAAUCAAUACCAAUCAACCUCAAAACUAAAUGCACUUAGCCCCACAAAAUUCAUAUUCUCAAAUUCUUACACAAAACCAACAACCCAUUAA